GUGUGUGUGUGUCUGACUGUAUAUGACACAUUUUACCAAAUCUAUAACCUACAUCAUGUUCGUCACGGUGUGUGGUAUAGGUCAAAACUGCCUUUCAAAAAUAUGAAUUCUGAGUCCCUCCAAAGUUGUGAAUAUUUCAAGUGCCGACAUAGAAUCAGUAAGCAGAAAGUCUUUCACACCUGGUCUCCCCUUCCUCUCAUCUCUCCAUCCUUCCCUUCAUUUUCCUUACAGUGUUAGUAGGCUGACUAUGACCUCAUGGUCAGUCUGCCUCAGUCCCUGUGCCCUGAUGCCGUCUGCUCCUAUGUGACGGAGAUAAGAAGUUGACUUCAGGUAGGAGGUAUAUGAUCCAUAAGAGAAUGUUGUGCUUUGACUUGGCUCCUAUCCCACAGACAGCACACGUGGAUGCUUACGGAUAUAUGUGCAGGAAUUAUAUAAUGCACCAGAAAAUCAAAUCAAUUCUGAAACUCCUCUGACACCAGACCUUCUUCUUGAAGAUCACUCGUCCUGUGAUUAUCUCCUGAGGUGAAUAUUAAACAAGUUCUCUGCACUGUCACAUGCCUGUGAACAGUCGUCUUGGGAAUGCUUCCUUUUGAAAAUCCAGUUACAAUUACCAAUGCCAGUCUUCUGUGGCAGGAUGGCCAAUUUUUAUUUUUGCUUUAUUUUAUUUUAUUUUAUUUUAUUUUAUUUUAUUUUUUUACUGUCUCUGAACGGCCAGGCUUCACUGAGAACCUCCAAGAAGUACGAACUGAGUCUAAGCUUAGAUUUUUCAAAACCUGCUUUAGUAGGGGUUCUCAAAUCCUUCCUCUCCUCUUCUUGCCCACAGGUCAAAGGUAAGGGAGGAGAGACGGUAAAUAAUACGAGGGGAUGUGCAGCUCUUAAGUAGUUCUUUGGGGUCUCUUUCUCCAGUUUCUGUUGUCAGGGUACCAGCAGUCCAGUUUAGGAGUGUCAGGAUACUAAACAUGAAUCAGUAGCAGCAACACGAUCCAGCAGAAACUGCCAGGCUACAGCCGAAUAGGCAAGAGUCAGCAGUGUGUCAAGGACCCAGCAGAGCAGCCAAGACCUGGGGGCAACACCAGGAAUUCUCUGCCAUGCCUCUGGCAAUGCAGUGAAGAUCAGUAAAGAAUUGCAAGGGUAGCACUUGCACCCUCACUGUCCGUUGAGUCCCAUGUAUAGUCUCUCCAAACGUCGUGCGUCCUCCCACGGGUCUUGCGUCAGCGAAACAUCACAUGAGUCUGCCUCAGCAAACACCACUCAAGACUGUAUUACCUGACACAACCAGAAACUUCCACUUCAAUCAAGUGUGGUUUUGACUGUUGGUCUGAGGGAGUCAUUUACUGGUGGCUCUCAUUGUUCAGGGUAACAAUGGUAUAAUAUAGUGUAACUGUGAUACUUCAAGGAAAGGUCAACUUCAUUUGGAAGAAAGAAUGACUACUGUCCUAAAUCCGUGACAGCUGGACAGGAAUCAACAAGCACAGGUUUGAAAAUGGGGGCAUGAAUUCAUAAUUCAGAUAUUUGAUUAGGAUAAGGCCAUACUGACCAUCUGGAAUUUUAUGUCAUUUCCCAUUAUGGAGAAUUGGAGAAAAUUAAUGUCUCCCUGGCUCACUACUCCUAAUAUGUCCACUCAAGCAUAGAUUAGAUCCCCCCCCCCCCAGUCCCUAGCCUAGUUAAUUUGGCAAACAGUUCUGCUUGGGGUAGUUUUUAAGGGCAACUGACUUGAUUUCUAUAGAAAAAAUCUUCCUUCUGUAUUGUGAGCAUGGUAUGUCAAUCGGUUUAUGAUUGUGGAAUAAGUUCAACAGACUAGGGAGAGAGUGGGCAGCCUUGUCUGGUCCCUGAUUUUAGUUGGAUUGCUUCAUGUUUCUCUCCAUUUAAUUUGAUGUUGGGCUUUUUUGUUUUUUGUUUUUGUAAUAUAUUAUUUUUAUUAUAUUAGGAAUGUACCUUGAAUUCCUAAUCUUUCCAAGCCUUUUAUCAUGAAGGGGUGUUGAAUUUUGUCAAAGGCUUUUUCAGCAUCUAAUGAGAUGAUCAUGUGAUAUUUUUCUUUGAGUUUGUUUAUAUAGUGGACUAUGUUGUUGGCUUUCCAUAUUUUGAACCAUCCCUGCAUCCCUGGGAUGAAGCCUACUUGAUCUUGGAGAAUGGUGGUUUUUGAUGUGUUCUUAGAUUCAGUUUGCAAGAACUUUAUUGAGUACUUUUGCAUCGGUAUUCGAAAGUGAAAUUGGGGGGAAGUUCUCUUUGUUGGGCCUUUGUGUGGUUUAGGUAUAAGUGUAAUUGUGGCUUCAUAGAAUGAAUUAAGUAGUAUUCACCCUGUUUCUAUUUUGUGGAGUAGUUUGAGAAAUAUUUGUAUUAGGUCUCUUCUGAAGAUCUGAUAGAAUUCUGCACUAAAACCAUCUGGCCCUGGGCUUCCUUUGGUUGGGAGGCUUUUAAUUGCUACUUCUAUUUCCUUAGGGAUGUGGGAACGUUUAGAUGGUUUAUCUGAUCCUGGUUUAACUUUGGUACCUGGUAUCUGUCUAGAAAAUCAUCCAUUUCAUCCAGAUUUUCCAGUUUUGUUGAAGGCUUUUGUAGUAGGAUCUGAUGAUCUUUUAGGAAUUCCUCGGUUUCUAUUGUUAUGUCUCCCUAACUAUCUUGUUGAUUUUCUCAAAGAACCAGGUCUUUAGUUCUGUUGAUUCUUUGUAUAGUUCUCUUUGUUUCUAAUUGGCUGAUUUCAGCCACGAGUUUGAUUAUUGUCUGCCAUCUACUCCUCUUGGGUGUGUUUGCUUUUAUUUGUAGAGCUUUCAGAUAUGCUGUUGGGUUGCUAGUAUAUGCUCUCUCCAAUUUCUUUAUGAAGUUAUUCAGUGCUAUGGAUUUUCCUCUUAGCAAUGUUUUCUUUGUUUCCAAUAUGUUUGGGUAUGCUAUGCCUUCAUUUUUGUUAAAUUCCAGAGAAGUUUUAAUUUCUUUCUUUAUUUCUUCCCUGACCACAUUAUCAUUGAGUAGAGAAUUAUUCAGACUCCAUAAGCAUGCGGGCUUUUUGUCGUUGAUGUUUUUAUUGAAAACUGGCCUUUGUCCGUGGAGAUCUUAUAAAAUAUAUGGGAUAAUUUCAAUCUUCUUGUAUCUGUUGAGUCUUGUUUUGUGUCUAAGUUUAUGGUCAGUUUUGGAGAAGGUACCAUGAGGUGCUGAGAAGAAGGUAUAUUCUUUUAUUUUGGAAUGAAAUGUUCUGUAUAUAUUUGUUAAAUCCAUUUGGUUCAUAACUUCUGUUAGUUUCACUGUGUUCACUGUUCAGUUUCUGUUUCCAUGAUCCAUCCAUUGGUAAGAGUGGGAUGUUGAAAUCUCCUAUUCUGUGAGGAACAAUGUGUAUUUUGAGCUUUAAUAAUGUUUCUUUUACAAAUGCGAGUGCCCUUGCACUUGGGGCAUAGAUAUUCAGAGUUAAGAGUACAUCUUGGUGGGUUUUUCCUUUGAUGAGCAUGAAGUGUCCUCUUUCAUGUUUGAUAACUUUGGAUUGAAAGUCUAUUUUAUCGGAUAUUAGAAUGACUACUUCAGCUUUUUUCCUGGUACCAUUUGCUUUGAAAAAAAUUUUUCCAGCCUUUUAGUCUGAAGUAAUGCCUGCCUUUGGCACUGAUAUGUGUUUCCUGUAUGCACCAAAGUCCUUGCUCCUUCAGUCUGUUAACCUAUGUCUUUUUAUUGGGGCAAUUGAUUCCAUUGAUAUUGAAGGAUAUUAAAGACCAAUGAUUGUUGGUUUUUGUUAUUUUGUUGUUUGUGGUGGUAUUAUGUUUGUGUGGCUGUCUUAUUUUGGGUUUGUUUUGAGAUGAUGAAUUUCUUGUUUUUUUUUUCUUGGGUGUAAUUUUCCUCCUUGUGUUGGUAUUUUUCUUUUAUUAUCCUCUAUAGGUCUGGACUAGUGAAAAGAUAUUGUUUAAAUUUCAUCUUGUCAUAGAAUAUCUUGGCUUCUCCAUCUAUGGUGACUAAGAAUUUUGCUGCCUGUAGUACCCUGGGCUGGCAUUUGUGUUCUCUUAGAGUCUGCAUGACAUCUGUCUAAUACCUUUUGACUUUUAGAGUUUCUCUUGAGAAGUCUGGUGUAAUUCUGAUAUGUCUGCCUUUAUAUGUUACUUGGCCUUAUUCGCUCACUGCUUUUAAUAUUGCUUCUUUGUUCUGUGCAUUUAAUGUUCUGAUUAUUAUGUGAUGGGAGGAAUUUCCUUUCUGGCCAAAUCUAUGUGGUGUUCUGUAGGAUUCUUGUACAUUUAGGACCCUCUCUCUCUCUCUCUCUCUCUUUUAGGUUAGACAAGUUUUCUUCUAUGAUUUUGUUGAAGAUGUUUUUUGUGCCUUUGUGCUGGGAAUCUUCACUCUUUUCUAUUCCUAUUAUUCUUAAGUUUGGACUUUUCAUUGUGUCCUGAAUUUCCUGGAUGUUUUGAGUUAGGAACUUUUUUGCACUUUGUAUUUUCUUUGACUGUAGUGUCAAUAUUUUUUAUGGCAUCUUCUAUGCCUGAGAUUCUCUCUUCUAUCUCUUAUAUUCUGUUCAUGAUGCUUGCAUCUGUAACUCCCGAUCUCUUUCCUAGGUUUUUCAUCUUCAGGGUUGCUUCCCUUUGUGAUUUCUUUAUUUUUUUCUAUUUCCAUUUUUAGAUCCUGGGUGGUUUUGUUAAUUUCUUCACCUGUUUGGUUGUGUUUUCCUGUAUUUCUUUCAGGGAUUUAUGCAUUUCCUCUUCAAGGGCUUCUACCUGUUUUACCCGUGUUCUCUAUAUCUUUACGUGAGUUAUUUAUAUCCUCUUUAAGGUCCUCUGUCAUCUUCAUGAAAUGGGAUUUUAGGUUGAGGUCAGCAUUUUGCUUUUGAGGUGUGUUAGGGUAUCCAGGGCUUGCUGUAGUGGAAGAAUUUAAUUCUGAUGUUUCCAAGUAGUUUUUGUUUCUGUUGCUUCUGUUCUUGUGUUUGCCUCUUGGCAUCUGGUUAUCUCAGUUGCUAACUGGCCUUGCCGUCUCUGUCUCUAACUGGAUCUUGUUCCUCCUGUGAGCUGGAAAGCCUAGUUGUGACAGACCUCCUGGGAAUCAAGCUGUCUCUGUGUGUGGGAGGGUAUCUAUAUCACUAGCUCUGCCCUGGGCUGAGCUGUAGGCUAAAUACUUUCUCUCUCUCUCUCUCUCUCUCUCUCUCUCUCUCUCUCUCUCUUUCUUUCUCUCUUCUUUCCUUCUUUCUUUCUUUCUCUCUUCUUCUUUUGUGUGUGUGUGUGUGUGUGUGUGUGUGUGUGUGUGUGUGUAUGUAACUAUUUGAAGGAAGGUUACAGAAAACAACAUGAAGAUAAAGGAUAUUCUGGCAAAUAUAUGUCAGCCACAUAUACCUAAAUGUACUACCAUUGUUUUGUAAUGCAUAUGCAAAUAUAUGCUAUACACAUGCAAAUGUACAUGCAACAGCACAUGCAGGGUUACAAUGUUUAUGUGUUCGAUUCUAGGUUAAGGUGAUAAGACUAUUUGAACUCAACUGGAGUCACCUGGCAGUCUUUUAAGUCCUGAGGGAUGUCUUCUCUCUUCUAGCAUCUGUGCAUAAAGCUGGAACCCAUCUCCCCUGCAUUUAUAUUCUGGGACAAUUAUUCUCAACCUCCCUAAUGCUUCAACUCUUUAAUACAAUUCUUCAUGUCGUACUGGCCCCCAACCAUAAAAUUGUUUUGAUUGCUUCUUCGUAAUUGCAAUUUUGCCAUUGUUAUGAGUCAUAAUAUAAAUACCUAUGUUUUGCAAUGGUCUUAGGUGACCUGCAAAAGGGCCAGUUAACUGCCGAGGGUUGUGCCACACAGGUUGAGGACUACUGUCCUAGGCUAAGGCUGCCUCAUGGACAUACUGAUUUCAGUCCAUUGUAAAUACACUGUGCCACUCAGAUUCUAAUAUUUUGCUGAUACCUGACCCAGUUUGCCUGUUUGAAGGGAUGUAUCCUGGUUGGUGUUUUAUAAGUACUGUCCCCGUGUCCUGUGAUAGAUGGCUUAGAAGCCCAUCUUCAUUGUGUAUAUCUGGAAUAAUAAACCGUUAGCAUAAUACACUUGCAUAAUUUUCACAUUCCAGAUCCAUGUUUUAUCCUUGUAAAAUAAUCACUAUACUGGUAAAAAUCAGUUUGCUAAAAUACUAAAAUAUUGGGGAUUGCUUUUAUACUUGUGUCCUCCUUAUUUUUCUUGCAUAUCAAAUACAGACAAAAAAUUAUGAUGAUCACCUUUAUUAAGGUCAAGAUUUAUAGGUAAGGAAGGAAGAAAUAAUUUAGCUCUAGAAGGGUGGAGUGACAAGCAAGAAACACAUUUUCCAAAAAAAUCAAACUUUGCAUUGCCUAUAAUAUUGGACACAUUUCCUUUUUGUGGGUUUAUUUAUGAGCACGCGAGUGCACAUAUAUACUAUAAUUAUAUAUAAAAUAAACUCUUUACUAUAUUAUAAAUAAUAAUACUCCAGAAUGUGUAAACUUACAUUACUUUAUACAAAGGAGCAUUCUUCAAAGUCACAUAUAAAUCAGGUUUUAUGCUCUUGACUAUUAAGCCUUUUUUUUUUCCUAUUGACUGACAGUAUAAUUUCAGAGAUGUACCUCCCAGAGAAAGAUACUGACUUCUGCAGCUCAUAAAAUGUUAGGUCAGAAUGCAGCCUACCUCUUCCCACCUUACAUUUCAAAAGAAAUUAUUAUUUCCCAGUAAAGCGUUUCCAGUAGCACUUGAGCCCCAAACUACAUCUGCGAUGCCAUCUAGAUACUAGAUACCCGCAGAGCUCGAUUCUAAGCCACAGAGAAAGCAGCGUCAGAUGCUAUAACAUUCUUUUCUUCCUGAAGAGGCUGAGAGAAGUUCUUACCAAGCUCGUCUCUGUCUCUCAGCACAGCUGAAUUAUCUGCAGUCUUUUCUAUACAUGAUGGCUUCAGAUAAAAAUGUUGUCAGUGUAAUGCAAGCCAGCACUCUAACACUCCCGUGAAAACAAAAGGGGUUUAUUCAUAAACGUGAUAUAGGCAUAAGCAGUUUUACAAAUUGCAAGAGUUGAAACGGAAAGCCUUUCUCUCCCAUUCCACAUUGCUGUUUAGACCAUUUAAAAAGGCGCAUUAACUUAAAUGUAUCUUAGUGCCUCCUUGCUUUGGCACAGUAUAGGGAGAUUUAGCAUUAUUAAUUAUAAACAGCAGCUGUGUUAGCGUGCACAUUUCCUGUGAAUGGUUAUGGUUGCAUCUGCCAUGCCUCUGAAGGGUAAUAUGUGGAUUAAAAUAUAUUUACUGACAUUGGGUGACAGCUCACAGGAAGAAGGCAGGAAUGGGCCACGUUCCGUACAUCGCUGUGAAUGAGCUCCUGCUUUCAUUGUUGUGUUUUCGGGGGUUCGUGUUUUAUCGUGUCUGAAAAGAAAUCAUUUGGAGGGAAGGAGAUGUGCCAUCCGAGAUGUGGCAUCAAACAAUUUGCGUGCAUUUCCUGAGAAAUGGUAAAAUUGAUCACUCUCACGGUGGCAGCAUUUCGGUUGACAUCGUUAGGUCUGCCCAUCCUUCAUUUUGAUGAAACUGUAAAGAAUCAAAGGUGACUCUUUUUUCUUCCGUCUCUGUCACAAGUCACAAAUACUUAUUUUUAUUGUCGUUAUUGUGAAAUCUGAUCUCUUUCUUAACUGACAGACAUUUCCAUGACGGAAAGCAAGAAUCAAACCUUUUCUGCUUUUUCUUCCCCUUAAAGUACGGUCUGGGAUGGGCCUAAAACUUCUACCCAUUAAGUAUAGGUAAUUUUAGAAGGAUGGGUCAUGCUGUAUUUAUCACCCUGCAUUCACAUGUCCAGUCUGUCAGAUGCUGAUCUUCAAGGGCACCGAAGCAUCUGAUUAGUGGAUUUCGUCAUGGUCAUCAUGAUCAUUAUACAAUAUGAACCCUCUAAGUGAGUUACUGCUUCUCCAAGACAUAUCCCACAGACUUAGGUUAAAGAGAAACAAGUUAAGACUAUUAACCAAAAUGACUAGAUUAAUAAGCAAGAGCUUCCUUGUUCUGAUCAACCCCCAACGACAGGGGGAUUGCUCUCUAUAGACACUUUUAGCUACAACACCAUGUUCUUUGCAGAGGAUGAGGUAUGAUAACCAUAAUUUCACUUGUAAAGGAGUGAGUUUAUUAAGCACCUAGCUGAAAACCAGUAAAGAGGAAACAGCCAGCAGCAGAAAGAUAACACCACCAGUUGAGCUGUUUAUAGCAUCCAGGAAAAGUUACAGGGCUGCUAGCAGAAGUUCUCCACUGAGAGUCCUGGGAAGAAUUUGACUCUGCCAAGUAAAAGAAGAAGUAGCCGGUAGAUUAAUACCAUCAAAUCCCUGGCUGGGGCUUUCUAUCAUAUCCCUGAGAUCAUGUGGGCGCCCUGCUUAAAGUGUUGAGCUGCAGUUCCCAAUUCAGUGUUCUCAACAGAGCUCUUUCUCUCCAUGGACGAGCUUCUAGCUUCCUGUUCGCACUGCAAAAUUCGGCAAUAGUAACUUUUCGAAAUGGUGAUGGAGUAUAUUCUGGAUAACGUGUGACCAUUGUAGUCCCCUGGGUUCCACUAUGCUCCAGUCUGUGAAGGAUGGUUUGAUGGCAGCAGUGAAGUGAUUCCCAAUUGGUAGAUGUCACCCACAGAACUUUGAACCUGCCAAUGAUAUUUAUAUACUCAUUACAUUGUAGCAAUGCUGAGACUCUCACAGUGUUGGAUCCUUUUCUCAUUUUAGCAACAUAAUACCCUUUGCCUUUUGUAUCCUGUCUCCUCAAAUGAUCCUCAAACCAAAACAGUUCAAAAAACUGGCAACUAAGAUUGAACACCUGUCCCGAGCCUAAUGUCCCGCCAGCAAGAACGACGCACGGCAACAGGAUUCUUCUGCGAACAAGCCUUUACUGUGUUACAGCUCUUCUCAGUGUUACAGCUCUCUUAGUGUUACAGCUCUCUUGAACAGGGACUCCGAGCAGCAAAAUCGCUCGGCUUAUAUAGACAACAGUAUGCUAAUUAUCUCUCAGGGAUUGGUGGGGCUUGGAUCACCCCACUACUUGUCCUCCAGGGAUUGGCGGAGAAUGAAUCACCUCAUUAGCAUAUUAACGGUCAACUGACACCUGGUGCAUAAACCGCACAUGUGCAGUACCGCUGUUCACCACUAGAGGGAGCCCUAGCAAGGGGACAAGCCUGCACAUGCACAGAGUAUGGAAGCAUCCUCCGUUACCAAAGGCUGAAGUCCUGACCUGGUGAGGACAGAGGGACAAGACAGGAAUUUGCACUGUCAUGCUCUGAAUGCCACCGCCCCCAAGCUCUGCAAACAAGAUCAGCCUUGAGUGAAAUUUGACAGAAGAUGUCCCCACAGUUUGCUCUGUGGAAGUGUAUGCCCCAUGGGAUCCUCCUUGCCUCACUCUUGAUAGUCAGCUGGGGCCAAUAUGAUGAUGACUGGCAAUAUGAGGAUUGUAAACUAGCUAGGGGAGGACCACCAGCUACCAUUGUGGCCAUUGAUGAAGAGAGUCGGAAUGGUACAAUUCUGGUGGACAACAUGUUGAUUAAGGGGACUGCCGGAGGACCAGACCCCACCAUAGAGCUCUCUUUAAAGGACAACGUGGACUACUGGGUGUUACUGGACCCCGUUAAGCAGAUGCUUUUCCUCAACAGUACCGGAAGAGUUCUGGAUAGAGACCCACCGAUGAACAUACACUCCAUUGUAGUCCAAGUCCAGUGUGUCAACAAGAAGGUUGGCACAGUGAUCUAUCAUGAAGUACGCAUCGUGGUGCGGGACCGGAAUGACAACUCACCCACAUUCAAGCAUGAGAGCUACUAUGCCACCGUGAAUGAGCUCACUCCGGUCGGCACCACAAUAUUCACGGGGUUUGCGGGAGACAACGGAGCCACAGACAUAGACGAUGGCCCUAACGGACAGAUAGAAUACGUCAUUCAGUACAACCCAGAAGAUCCGACAUCCAAUGACACCUUCGAAAUUCCACUCAUGUUGACUGGCAACGUGGUGCUGAGGAAAAGACUCAACUACGAGGAUAAGACUCGCUACUACGUCAUCAUCCAAGCUAAUGACCGUGCACAAAAUCUGAAUGAGAGGCGAACAACUACUACCACCCUCACAGUAGACGUUCUAGAUGGAGAUGAUCUGGGACCAAUGUUUCUGCCCUGUGUUCUUGUGCCAAAUACCCGUGACUGCCGUCCACUCACCUAUCAAGCUGCCAUUCCUGAACUGAGGACUCCGGAAGAACUGAACCCUAUUUUGGUGACCCCACCUAUCCAAGCCAUUGACCAGGACCGAAACAUCCAACCACCAUCUGAUCGACCUGGCAUCCUCUACUCCAUUCUUGUUGGCACCCCUGAGGAUUACCCCCGCUUCCUCCACAUGCAUCCCAGGACUGCAGAACUCACUCUCCUGGAGCCAGUAAACAGAGACUUCCAUCAAAAGUUUGAUUUGGUUAUUAAGGCCGAACAGGACAAUGGCCACCCGCUGCCUGCCUUUGCUAGUCUACACAUCGAGAUACUGGACGAAAAUAAUCAGAGUCCAUACUUUACAAUGCCCAGCUAUCAAGGGUACAUUCUGGAAUCUGCCCCAGUGGGAGCCACCAUUUCUGAGAGCCUGAACUUAACCACGCCUCUGAGAAUUGUAGCUCUGGACAAAGACAUAGAAGACACAAAGGACCCGGAGCUCCACCUUUUCCUGAAUGAUUACACCUCGGUCUUCACCGUGACACCCACCGGUAUCACCCGCUACCUCACCCUGCUUCAACCUGUGGACAGGGAGGAACAGCAAACCUAUACCUUUCUGAUAACAGCGUUCGAUGGCGUGCAGGAGAGCGAGCCAGUGGUGGUCAAUAUCCGAGUGAUGGAUGCCAAUGACAACACGCCCACCUUCCCUGAGAUCUCCUACAAUGUCUAUGUUUACACGGACAUGAGUCCCGGGGACAGUGUCAUCCAGCUGACUGCAGUGGACGCUGAUGAAGGCUCUAACGGGGAGAUCUCCUAUGAAAUACUAGUGGGCAGCAAGGGAGACUUCGUGAUCAACAGGACCACGGGGCUGGUGAGCAUCGCGCCAGGAGUGGAGCUGGUCGUGGGACAGACGUAUGCGCUCACGGUACAGGCUUCGGACAACGCCCCGCCCGCAGAGAGAAGGCACUCCAUCUGCACGGUGUACAUCGAGGUGCUGCCUCCCAACAACCAGAGCCCUCCGCGUUUCCCACAGCUGAUGUACAGUCUGGAAGUCAGCGAAGCCAUGAGGAUCGGCGCGGUUUUAUUAAAUCUACAGGCAACUGAUCGAGAGGGAGACCCAAUCACAUAUGCCAUCGAGAAUGGAGACCCUCAGCGAGUUUUUAAUCUUUCAGAAACCACAGGGAUUCUCAGCCUAGGGAAGGCUCUAGAUCGAGAGAGCACGGACCGCUACAUCCUCAUCGUCACAGCCUCAGAUGGCAGGCCAGAUGGAACCUCAACUGCCACUGUGAACAUAGUGGUGACAGACGUCAAUGAUAACGCUCCCGUGUUCGAUCCCUAUCUGCCCAGGAACCUCUCUGUGGUGGAGGAAGAGGCCAAUGCCUUUGUGGGUCAAGUCCGGGCGACAGACCCAGAUGCUGGGAUAAAUGGCCAAGUGCACUACAGCCUGGGGAAUUUCAACAACCUCUUCCGCAUCACGUCCAACGGGAGCAUUUACACAGCCGUGAAGCUGAACAGGGAAGCCAGGGACCACUAUGAACUGGUUGUUGUGGCAACAGAUGGAGCUGUACACCCUCGACAUUCAACUCUGACACUGUACAUCAAGGUGUUGGACAUUGACGAUAACAGCCCUGUUUUUACCAAUUCAACGUACACGGUUGUUGUUGAAGAGAACCUGCCAGCCGGGACCGCCUUCCUUCAAAUAGAGGCCAAGGAUGUUGAUCUUGGAGCCAAUGUGUCCUAUCGGAUCAGAAGCCCGGAAGUGAAGCACCUCUUUGCACUGCAUCCAUUUACUGGGGAAUUGUCUCUUCUGAGGAGUUUGGAUUAUGAGGCCUUUCCCGACCAAGAGGCAAGCAUCACGUUCUUGGUGGAGGCCUUUGAUAUUUAUGGGACGAUGCCACCCGGUAUAGCAACGGUCACAGUAAUUGUGAAGGACAUGAAUGACUACCCUCCGGUGUUUAGCAAACGCAUCUACAAGGGGAUGGUGGCUCCAGAUGCCGUCAAGGGGACACCAAUUACCACUGUUUAUGCUGAAGACGCAGACCCACCAGGGUUGCCAGCAAGUCGGGUGAGGUACCGAGUGGAUGAUGUGCAGUUUCCAUACCCGGCCAGUAUUUUUGACGUAGAGGAAGAUUCUGGAAGAGUAAUAACCCGUGUUAAUCUUAAUGAAGAGCCUACAACAAUUUUUAAGCUGGUGGUUGUGGCUUUUGAUGAUGGUGAACCUGUGAUGUCCAGCAGUGCCACUGUGAGAAUUCUUGUCUUACAUCCUGGAGAGAUCCCACGCUUCACCCAAGAGGAAUACAGACCUCCUCCUGUGAGCGAGCUUGCUGCCAGAGGGACUGUAGUAGGCGUCAUUUCUGCUGCCGCCAUCAAUCAGAGCAUCGUGUACUCCAUUGUGGCAGGAAAUGAGGACGAUAAAUUUGGAAUCAACAAUGUCACUGGCGUCAUCUAUGUGAAUUCCCCACUGGAUUACGAGACAAGGACUAGCUAUGUGCUCCGGGUGCAAGCAGAUUCUCUGGAAGUGGUCCUCGCCAAUCUCCGAGUCCCUUCAAAAAGCAAUACAGCUAAGGUGUACAUUGAGAUUCAGGAUGAAAACGAUCACCCCCCAGUGUUCCAGAAGAAAUUCUACAUUGGAGGUGUGUCUGAAGACGCGAGGAUGUUCACGUCUGUGCUCAGAGUGAAGGCCACUGACAGGGACACAGGAAAUUAUAGCGCCAUGGCCUACAGACUCAUCAUACCACCGAUUAAAGAGGGCAAAGAGGGGUUUGUGGUGGAAACAUACACGGGGCUCAUCAAGACAGCCAUGCUCUUCCACAAUAUGAGAAGAUCCUACUUCAAGUUUCAAGUGAUUGCAACCGACGACUACGGGAAGGGGUUGAGCGGGAAAGCGGACGUACUGGUCUCCGUGGUCAAUCAACUGGAUAUGCAGGUCAUUGUCUCCAAUGUGCCCCCUACAUUAGUGGAAAAGAAGAUAGAAGAUCUUACAGAGAUUUUGGAUCGCUAUGUUCAGGAGCAAAUUCCUGGUGCCAAAGUUGUUGUAGAGUCCAUUGGUGCCCGGCGCCAUGGAGACGCCUUCUCCCUAGAAGACUAUAGCAAGUGUGACCUGACCGUCUAUGCCAUCGACCCUCAGACCAACAGAGCCAUCGACAGAAAUGAGCUUUUUAAGUUCCUGGACGGCAAACUGCUUGAUAUCAAUAAAGACUUCCAGCCGUAUUACGGGGAAGGAGGACGCAUCCUGGAGAUUCGGACUCCCGAAGCAGUGACGAGCAUCAAGAAGCGAGGAGAGAGCUUGGGGUACACAGAAGGGGCCUUGCUGGCCUUGGCCUUCAUCAUUAUCCUCUGCUGCAUCCCAGCCAUCUUGGUCGUCUUAGUGAGCUACCGACAAUUUAAAGUACGCCAGGCUGAGUGCACGAAGACUGCAAGGAUUCAGUCUGCUAUGCCUGCAGCCAAGCCUGCAGCUCCUGUACCUGCUGCGCCCCCACCACCGCCGCCGCCACCACCACCAGGAGCACAUCUCUAUGAAGAACUGGGAGAGAGCGCCAUGUAUGAGAUGCCCCAGUAUGGAAGUCGCCGCCGACUGCUGCCACCUGCUGGACAGGAGGAAUACGGCGAAGUCAUUGGUGAAGCUGAAGAGGAGUAUGAAGAGGAAGAGGAGAAGCCAGAGAAAGUUAAAAAGCCCAAAGUUGAAAUUAGAGAGCCUAGUGAGGAAGAGGUGGUAGUCACCGUUGAGAAGCCACCAGCGGCUGAGCCCACCUACCCGACGUGGAAGAGAGCCAGGAUCUUCCCAAUGAUCUUUAAGAAAGUCAGGGGUCUCGCUGAGAAAAGAGGCAUUGACCUUGAGGGCGAGGAGUGGAGGAGGCGCCUUGAGGAAGAAGACAAGGACUAUCUCCAACUGACUCUAGACCAGGAGGAAGCCACGGAGAGCACCGUGGAGUCAGAGGAGGAGUCCAGCGACUACACGGAAUACACAGAAACCGAGUCUGAGUUCAGCGAGUCCGAGACCACUGAAGAAUCCGAGUCGGAGACCCCAUCUGAGGAGGCAGAGGAAAGCUCGACCCCGGAGUCAGAGGAGUCUGAGUCCACCGAGUCAGAGGGAGAGAAGGCAAGGAAAAACAUCGUGCUAGCAAGAAGAAGACCCGUGGUAGAAGAAAUCCAAGAAGUGAAGGGUAAGAAAGAGGAGCCGCCUGUAGAGCAGGAAGAAGAGCCCCCGGGGGAGGAGGAAGAACGGCCAGAGGAAGGAGAAGAAAGCGAAGCAGCUCCCAUGGAUGAAUCCACAGACCUGGAGGCUCAGGAUGUCCCAGAGGAGGGCAGCGCAGAAUCAGCCUCGGUGGAGAGGGGCGUGGAAAGUGAGGAGGAAUCGGAGUCAGAAGUGAGCAGUAGCAGCAGCAGCAGCAGCAGUGAGAGCCUCUCUGGAGGCCCCUGGGGGUUCCAGGUACCAGAGUAUGACAGGAGGAAGGAGGAAGAUGCCAAGAAAUCUCCAGGCGCAAACUCCGAAGGAUACAACACAGCCCUUUAGAAGCGUUCAUAGUAGGUGGUUUGCAGUGCCGUGUGCUCUCUGUGUGCAGUGCCUUCUGUGUUGGUCUCGGAAGCGGCUCUCGAUCGGUUGGGCACUUAGCAUGAUUUCACUCUCUGACGUGAUUAGGAGAUAAGAAAAUGACGACAUACCUACUACGUAGACGUGCAUGCUGAGACCCAGUAGAUCCAAUCUGUCUACUCUCUCUUAUACUAGCGAAAGGGGAAGCAUCAAUACAUAAUACGUCACAUAACACAUGGCAUUAUCAGUGACACUUGUCGAUAGCAGUGGAACGGACGCAUAUAGUGAUGAAUGGGUAGUCUUUGCAGAGUAGACACUAGACGAAGAGCAACAAAUUGUAUGAGUAGCUGUUUCUGGUUAUUUCUGCUCCCUGCAAGGAGGCCAUGUCAAAGGUACCCUCUAUCGACUCCCACCUGCAAAUUCUAGGAGCUAAAUGAAGCCAUACCUUGAAAGUUAAAAGUGAUUACCCUUUAGGUUGUGUUUAAAAAUCUAUUGUAACCACCACAGCUUUUCUUCUAGGCAAAUAAACACCAUUAUUUUAAAAAUAUUUACACAGAGACCAGAAAACUGCCCAUAUAGCACAAGAGAGAUAUUCACACUCCCCCAGUGUUACAUUGUUUGAGGGGGAAAAAAAGUAGUGUUGCUUAAAGUUUCGCUCCUUGUCAUUUCUGAUAUUGGUCGGUAAAGAGACAGCUGAAUCAGCAAAAUUGUCCACCAGCUGAAUCAGCAAAAUUGUCCAUCAUGUUUCAGUCUUUAUACAAGGAGAUGUUCUGGUUUGCGUAGUAAUAAGCACUCACGUUGGGCGUAUACACUCCUUUAAGUAAAUGGAGUUUAAGCCAGAUGACCCAGAACACCAUGUUUCAACUGAUUGCACUUGUCAAAAUGGACAAACACUUUGACUAGCAUGAGGACGCGGAUUACAAACUAGAGUUAUGAGGGAUUCUGAUUUUUUUUUUAAUGCUGGAAAGAAAAACAUUAAAAUGGAUGCAAUGUACAAAUUCUGUUUCUGGCUUUCUGCUGAAUUUUCUGAAUGGUAGAGCAGCCACAAAAUAAGGAGUUGGGACUUAGCAAAAUAUGGAUAAUGUGCUUUUUCUUCUCCUGCCUCAUGGUAUUUUUGAUGUAAAGAAAGUGUUGCCCAUUAGGUCUACUCCCAAAUUCAGCAACACUUUACUCAAAGAUGUUUAGAUUCUGGAUCCAAUAUGGAGUUGGAGAAAAUAGUGAGAGGGACCUUUUCCCUCUUGAGGAUGUCCUUGGCCACCUCUCGGGGUAUCGCUGUGGGUUGCACAAAAGCCUUCGGUU